AUGGACACAGCUGUGGGCAUUCCGGGGGAUGAAGCCCUGGGCGUGGCGCACGCAGCCGGGCUCCCGGCACAGAACGGGUGCGGGGCUGGGCUUGGGCCGGCCCCGGGGGAGCGAGUGGGGCGGGGCCGCCGCGCCCGCCUUCUCCUCCUCCUCCCGCCGCGCGGGCUCAGAGCGGCGGCAGCAGCGGCCGCGGCGACAGCUCCGGCUCUUGCUCCGGCUCCCGUUCCGGCUCCCGCGCUCCCGGGCCCUGCGCCCCGACCCCGCCGCCGCGCCUGCCGGGGGCCUCGCGCGCCCCCUCCGCGCCUCACGCUGAAGUUCCUGGCCGUGCUGCUGGCCGCGGGCAUGCUGGCGUUCCUCGGUGCCGUCAUCUGCAUCAUCGCCAGCGUGCCCCUGGCGGCCAGCCCCGCUCGCGCGCUGCCCGGCGGCACCGACAACGCCUCGGCCGCCUCGGCCGCCGGUGGCUCGGGUCCGCAGCGCAGCCUGAGCGCCCUGCACAGCGCAGGCGGCUCGGCCGGGCCCUCGGUGUUGCCCGGGGAGCCGGCGGCCAGCGUCUUCCCGCCGCCGCCCGUGCCGCUGCUCAGUCGCUUCCUCUGUACGCCGCUGGCCGCCGCCUGCCCGUCGGGGGCCGAGCAGGGGGACGCGGCAGGCGAGCGCGCGGAGCUGUUGCUGCUGCAGAGCACCGCGGAGCAGCUGCGCCAGACGGCGCUGCAGCAGGAGGCGCGCAUCCGCGCAGACCGGGACACCAUCCGCGAGCUCACCGGCAAGCUGGGCCGCUGUGAGAGCGGCCUGCCGCGCGGCCUCCAGGACGCCGGGCCCCGCCGCGACACCAUGGCCGACGGCGCCUGGGACUCACCUGCGCUGCUGCUGGAGCUGGAGGACGCGGUGCGCGCGCUGCGAGACCGCAUCGAGCGCAUCGAGCAGGAGCUCCCAGCCCGUGGGAACCUCUCCUCGGUUCCAGCCCCAGCUGUGCCCACCGCCCUGCACUCCAAGAUGGAUGAACUAGAAGGCCAGCUGCUGGCCAAGGUGCUGGCGCUGGAGAAGGAGCGAGCCGCCCUCAGUCACGGGAGCCACCAGCAACGACAGGAAGUAGAGAAGGAGCUGAAUGCCCUGCAGGGUCGCGUGGCCGAGCUGGAGCACGGGUCCUCGGCCUACAGUCCCCCAGAUGCCUUCAAGGUCAGCAUCCCCAUCCGCAACAACUACAUGUACGCCCGCGUGCGCAAGGCGCUGCCAGAACUCUACGCCUUCACUGCCUGCAUGUGGCUGCGCUCCAGGUCGGGUGGCUCCGGCCAGGGCACCCCCUUCUCCUACUCGGUGCCCGGGCAGGCCAAUGAGAUCGUGCUGCUGGAGGCCGGCCUUGAGCCAAUGGAGCUGCUGAUCAACGACAAGGUGGCCCAGAUGCCCCUGAGCCUGAAAGACAGCAACUGGCACCAUAUCUGCAUCGCCUGGACUACAAGGGAUGGACUGUGGUCUGCAUACCAGGACGGAGAACUGCGGGGUUCUGGCGAGAACCUAGCAGCCUGGCACCCCAUCAAGCCACACGGCAUCCUUAUCCUGGGUCAAGAGCAGGAUACCUUGGGAGGCCGAUUUGACGCCACACAGGCCUUCGUUGGUGACAUUGCACAGUUCAACCUGUGGGACCACGCUCUGACACCGGCCCAGGUGCUGGGCAUGGCCAAUUGCACCGGGCCACUGAUGGGCAAUGUCCUCCCCUGGGAAGAUAAGCUGGUAGAGGCCUUUGGAGGUGCGAAGAAGGCCGCCUUUGAUGUGUGCAAGGGGAGGGCAAAGGCAUGAGGGGCCACCUCAUUCAGGGCCCCUCCAUUGCCUGUCAGUUUCGGGACUUUGAAGGGGCACAUCCCUCCUCAGCCUGUCCACAUGCCGGCCUUCCCUUCUACCCACUCCUGGCUAUACCUCCCACUUCUCCUCAUGGGCAACCACUGCUCCAGAGUGCCCUGCCCUGGAUGGGUGUCCCCUCAGCCACCAGUAUCUCACAUCAAUGUAGGGGUUGAGGCAGUCCUGCCUCCUGGCAAUGUAUUGGCUUGGUCUCUCCCAUCAUAUACACUGUCCUGCCGAUCACAUCGGACCCCACUAAUUCCAAGGACAUCCCCUAAGGAGUCGUGGGUAGAGGUGGCCUUUGACCCUCAAAUCCCCUAUGCUCCAGGCCUACCUCGGGCUGCAGAAGGGAUGCCAGAGAUGUAUAAAGAUCAGAAGAUGCUCCUUCUCUAUCUUCCUGGGUUGCCCACAGGGGCUGCGGGGUCAUCGCUCCCACUUCCUCUGCCUCCCCCUCCCUCCUCUCACCAGUUUAUGUGUUGUGGUUUGAAUGUUGGUUUCAUGUCGGUUCAAGCCCCACCUCAGUUUCCAGGAUGUUCCUUCCCCAGCCCCUACCCUAACAGUUAGGGACCAAAACCCUGGAGGCCAAAGGGCUGUAAUCACCCCCUGUACCCACUGGCAACUUUGCUCACCAGCAGGGUUGUCCACCCCACCCCCUCCAUGCCUGAGACAGGACCUGCUGGGCCACUCUAGCCUAUCCUGAGCACAUCUAAAACAGAGGCACAAUGAAUGAGGAGAUGCUUCCCAGGCAGAGCCUGGUGGCUUAGCCACCAUAUCACCUCUUUCUGCGUGGCCCUGGAAAGGAUGGAGGAUGCUGGGACGGAAAGCAGAGCACUGAGAGAGAGAGAGAGAGAGAGAGAGAGAGAGAGAGAGAGAGAGAGAGAGAGAGAGAGAGAGAGAGAGAGAGAGAGAGAGAGAGGACCCCUAGGUUUUUAUGAUUUGCUAUGUGGCUUUCAGUAAGAACCUACCCUCUCUGGGCCUCGCUUUCUCCUAGUCCCUACCAACUUCCCCAAGAGCACAGAAGAAUGUCAGAGCUGAGAAAAACCAUCCAUUGUAAGCUCUUGCUGGUGAGAGAUGGAAAAGAGCACAGAGAGGGCCAUUAACUUGUCUAGGAUCAAACAGCACAACAUAGCAGGCCCAGGCCCUCUGAGUCCCUCCAAAGUGCUCUUCUCUGUGAACCACACUGCCUGUCCUUGAGGACCUGUGAGUCCUGCUUAUACCUGUGCAGGGAGGCACUUGAGAGGACACGUGCUUUCACACAGGAUACCAGAAUAUCUUCUGGGGACACCCCAACACCUUGACAGCCUGAGGAGGUGAGGGGAAAAGCCCAGACAGAGUUCCAACAGACAGUGGAGGAUGCAGGGCCCUGUUGGUCCUCUCCCAUGGAUUGGAACAGUAGCAGGUUGGGUGUAUCAGUGGGCACCGGUGACUCUUGCCCCAUCCCACCCCCCCACUUUUGUCCCUGUCUGUGCUCUCCAUGGCCACUCAGCCUGAGACGUGACACAGGAGAGGCUGCAGCCCAUGUCAGGGAAGCAUGGCCAAGACUCGCCUCUGGGCUGCAGAUCUGCAUUUCCAUUUUGAGAGCAACUACGCGGCACAGCACCCGCAUCCCCAUCCCCUGGAGAGAGCUGCAGAGGCUUCACCCAGAACCUGCUGAGAUCCCGGUUGCCCAGUAACAACCAAUGACAUCAGCCCCAGUGCUAGGUCAAGUGUCUUUUGUGAGGACACCGGUUGUUGCUGGGUGACAGCUGGAUUCAGAACUUAGACCUGGGGGACUCUAAGCCGCACCUGGUUCCUGCUAUUGUUCUAGAAGAGGCCUUUGCUAUUGAUUUAGAGGAGGCCUUGGGAAGACAGCAUCUUAGGAAGGAUGUAGCAGAAACUGCCUGCUCACUGGAGCCCACCAGACACACCAUCCCCAUCCUUUCUGCUUUGUCCCAGUGGUGAUGAAAAACAACACCUCAGUCACAUUUCCAUGCCAGGUCACCCUGGUUAAACUGUGACCUCCCCACCCCCACCCCCACCCAACCCAGAAGGGGAAAAAACAGAGGCACCUGGUCAAGGCUCUGUGUAUGGAUUACUGGGGAAGGGGCUGCCUCUCUAUUUCCAAAGUCCCCACCUGCUCUCAUCGAUUGUGCUGUGAACAUUCUCUGAGCAUGUGGAGCCCCCACUCUGUCUUCUGCUGUGUCUCCCCAAGCACAUCCAACAAGACAGCUGCGGCCCUGAGUUGCCCCUGGGUCUGACGAAGAUGGAACUAGGCUGGUUAGAUAGUCUUAGGCCUGGAGACAGCACAGAGCACAGUAUCCGCACCAUCGGGUUUAUCCUCACAGCACAAGGCAAGACUGUUCUUAGCCCUGUGAUGCACAAGAAAAGGAUGAGACUCGAGAGGUAAAGUAACUUGCCCAGUGUUGAUUGGCCAGCCGGGAACAGUUCGAUUUCCAUUUGGAGGCAGGUUAGAUGCCUAAAGGUCCACGCCACCUCCUUCAGAGUGCAGAAGGAGCAGAGGUGGGGGUGUGGGGGCGUGAAGCCGGGGAGGGAGGGGUCUCUCACCUAUGCCCAGCCUCAGCCUCAGACUGAGCUGCAGUCUUAAGGGCAAGAAAGGAGUAUCUUUAGAGGUCAUCAGAAAAGGCAGGGUGGAAGUGGCUCUUGCUCGGCCCCUGUUCUGGGCACGGCCUAUGUCAGGUUCUCUGCCAGAUCUCCUAUCUGUGAGGCAUGGAGUGGCCUCUCCCAUGUCCCAGGGGGUCAUCUUACCACAGUUACACGUGAAUGGGGACCACAGACUGAAGUAUGAGGAUCUGUUGGGGGUUGGGGGGGGUGUAACUCAACCCUUGGCUUGUAGAUGAGGGAGCUGAGGCCUGGCCAGGAAGCUCAAAUGACCCUGGAAGUUCCCUUGACUGCCCUUCUCUUCUCCAGGACCCUGUGGUGACUCCCUUCCCUUGCAAACUGAAUUCCUAUCUACUAGUCCCAGCACCUUUGGCCUGAGAGAAAACUGGAGAAGGGUCUCCUCCCAAAUUAGGGACUAGUAUCCUCCUUACCCCUUAACUCCAGCUGCCUGCCACCCCAGAUCCCGCCUCCCACCCACCCUAUUUAUUCCCUGCCCCUGCUGGGUGGAGAACAGACUCCUUCCCAGGCUGAGCUGCCAGCAGUGAGCAUGUGAAGUCAUCUGGUUGGACACUUUGGAACGAGGACCCUCCACUGCCCUCCUCCCCCACCUUGCCCUAUUUUGUAUAUAAGUGACACGAGAUGCUCUGUAUGUGUGAGUGCGUGUGUGAUCUGUGCCAUGGCUUUUGUUACCAUUUCUUGUUUUUUGUAAAUUUGAAUGUUCAAAAUAAAACGUGGUUUACUCGGA